AUGGAACGAAAAAUUAAGUUACUGUUAUUUAUUAAAAUUUCUACGAUUUUUCUUCUAAAAUGGAUGCGUCAUUUUAACAAUGAUCUGAAUAUUCUUUACAAAUCUUUGUAUCAGAAUUGCGAUCAUGAUAAAAUGUUAGAUAGAAGAAAUCACAGAUUACUAGCAAAACACAAACAAGAUAAAGAAUCAAAUAUUGGAAGACCAAAAGGAUGGCAACGAAAUUAUGAAGAAUACCAAAAACAAGAUAUAUCUUAUAAUGAAAAACGAGUUAAAGAUAAAAAUAAACAAUCAAAUAGAAGUUUACUAAAUAAAGAGGAAUACUAUACAGAAGUUGUAGAUAAUAAUAAUGGAAUGUUUGAUGGAAAGUAUUUCCAUUUUGAAAAAAAAUUGAUCAAAAAUAAAGAUUAUAAUCAUUUUCUUGAAAAAAAAAGGAGAAUUUGUGAUAUAGAUUUAGAAAAAUUAAAAUUUAGAAGUUACGGAUUUGGUGUUGCUAUAUUUUUUCUUUUUUUAUUGUCAGGAAUAGGAUUACCUGUACUGCGCGCAUAUGAAUUGGUUAAAGAUUCUAGCUUUACACCAUUUAAAAUUUGUUGGGAAUUUAUAUAUAGCACAUUAAAUCUAGAAACUAUUAUACCAAAAGGAACGCCAGUUGCACAAGGAACCGCAGCACCAAUACCAGGAGUGGAAUAUUUUUAUCUAGUAAUAUUUGUCGUACUUAUAAUUUCAUUGGGAAUCUUACUUAUAGUGGCGAUUCCUAAGAUCUUACGAAAUAAUGAAAAAUAUAAAAAAAUUAAGUCCAUGACUGAGUGA